AUGUUAGGAUCAAUACUGCCGCUUUUGCUUUUUCCAUUUGCUGUCUCUUCACACGCGAGUCCCGUCCGGGCCGGUAUUCAUCCAGGCCAUGGUGGCGCGCCAGCCCCUGCUAUGCCGCCGCCCCUCGAGCCGCCUUCGUACUACUCUUCAGCCCUACCGACCCCGACCAGCAUACCGAACCACGACACUUCGCCGCAAAAGCCGCUGAACGGAAACCCAGCAGACCUGGAAGUGCCACAGCACCCCGUCGUGCCAUCGCCAUCCGCCGCCGCCGGCUUGGCAAUCUACUACGGCACAAGCCCCUCAUCUCCCGAGGAUCCUUCGCUCGUCCACCUGUGCGCCGACGACUCCAUCUCGACCAUCCUGCUCGGCCACGUUCACGGCUUCAAACCCACCAACGGUUUCCCCAUCGUCGACUUCGCCGCCGCCGGCUGCACCACCAAGCACGCCGACGACGACCGGCUCGCGCCCGGGCUGGCAUGGUGCCCGGAGCUCGGUCGGCAGGUGCAGACGUGCCAGACGCGUGGCAAGAAGGUCUUCCUCAGCCUCGGCGGCAGUCCUCAUGGCAACAGCACCCUCUCCUUCGUUGACGCGGCGGAUGCGCGUCGCGCUGCCGUCAUGCUGUGGAGCCUCUUCGGGCAGGGGAACCCGCACGGUCCGGACAUGCGGCCGCUGGGCGAGGCCGCUGUCGAUGGCUUUGACUUUGCAUGGACGACGACCCCGUCAUCUUCUUCGUCGUCCGUUCAAGCAUUCGCAGACACCUUGCGCACACUGUCGGACAUGCGCAAGAACUACAAGCCCAGCCACCUCUCGAGAACUUCUGCGUGCACAACCGACGAUGACGAAGUGCUCCGCGAUGUGAUCGACGUCUCUUUCGCAACUGCCGAUGCCGGGCCAGGAAAAGUAGAAGGCUGCGCGAGCCCGUAUCGUAGGACUUUGGGAGCAUGA